AUUAAAAAACUUCUUUGUAACAGAGCAGAAUUAUCCGAUUCAAGUUCACAGAAAAGGCUUCAAGAUUAGAACAGUCUAUUGAGAGACCGAGUUAACCAAAUGGAAGUCAAGUUCGAGGACAUGAGAGAAGAAAGGGACAGCCUCAAACUUGUUGUCUCUCUUUUGGGUAAAGACUUAUAUACAAGCCUGAAAUCUGACAAAGAGAAAGCUUCAGUGGAACCGUCACCCAUGGCUGCAGCGCCUUUACCGAACAACAAUAGCAAUAUUGGCAAGCAAUCUGCAGAUGGAACAGGGAAAUCAAAGAAAAGUCGAUCUAUAGCUUCUAAACGUAGAUCUGCUAAUACGCAACCAGCUAGAUCAGAUUCUGCCGGAGAAGGGACCCCGACUUCCAUUGGAUCUGGUGAAAAUCAGUCAGAGGAGAUGGCAAUGCAAAGAAGACAAAAUGUUGUUAUUGCUGGUGAUUCCAUAAUUAAUUUCGUCAAGGGUCGGGAAUUAUCUGACGCGUCGAAACGUGUAACGGUAAAGUCCUUCUCAGGCGCAACCGUGGAAGACAUGCAUGAUUAUGUGAAACCAAUCCUGAAGAAAAACCCAGACACACUGGUACUGCAUAUUGGUACAAAUGAUCUUCGGAAUUCUGAACCACAAGAAGUUGCAAAUGCCAUCACCGACUUAGCGCGCAAGAUCGAGACUGAAGCCACCCAUGAAGUAAAUAUUGCCGUAAGUGGGCUUACUACAAGGUCUGACUCGAGUGAUCUGGCUAACAGGGUGAGAGGAAGCUUUUCAAGGGCGGGAGAGCUCUGGACGCAAGUGACAAAGAAGCUGCCCUUCUUGGUUUUAGUGCACAUCUUAGAAAACAUCCCCUACACAAACCGACACUGUUAGUAGCUCACAACUGCCACUCCUUUGAUGCCCCACGGAUCGUACAUAACACACCACAGCAGCAGCAGGCUGAUGAAUUCUCAGGACUUGACCUGUACUCUGGAGACCCCUUGGUUGCUGGCCGGAAAUAUUUUAAGCGCAAAGAUGGAAUAAAACUAUCUGAUCUCUAUCGUGAGACAUUUGGCUGCGAGUUCAACGCGCAUGAUGCCCUUGAGGACUGCAGGACACUGAGAGAAGUUCUUAACGAGGUUGGCCCUGAUCUCCAAAGAAAGGUUCGCGAGACAGCCAUUUCGUGGUCAUACUUCACCAGUGUGAGAAAUUAGGAGCAGCGCCUCAAAGCCCUGCAAUAAACAUACUAUGGUAACAUUUCCUCGUCGAGAAUUAUUAAUCGACUUAGUAGCCUUGGUCUUACAUUUUCAAUUCUUAAGGAAUUAUACAGUGAUUGUGGAAAAGAGGCAAUCGUCUCUUACUUGGCGGGAAAAGACAGAGGGCGUGUCAGUGUAACUAGUGAUGUCGGUGAACUUUGCGAGAUUGUGAAGAAAUUGUCGUGAAAAAAGAGUAUAUUCUUUUUCACCCCGCCUCAUGAUUUCUAAAUGUAAAUAAUCAAAAUAAAGGUAUGUUUAGAGCCUUG